UCCUUCACCUUGAGAGCUUUAACUCAUAACGUGUUCCCUAUGUUCACUUACCUCCUCACAGCCUUCCCACCGCUGCUCCAUCAUGUGGCAUCCAAUCUCGUGGACACCGCGUGCCCAGUGGUCACCAAAGCACUUAAAGAUGGUCACUGUCUACCUGCUGGUGCUCCUGGUAUCGCUCAGCUUUGCUUCAGGACAGAGCAGACCAUUUAAACACCAGAUAGACAACAGGAGUCCUGAGAUCGAUCCUUUUUGGUACGUGGGCCGUGGCGUGCGCCCCAUCGGUCGCUUUGGGAAGAGGCACCUGAGGAGCAGCCCUGACAGCCUAAGGCCUGCAAGCAGACACCUGGAUUAUAUCUUGAACACUUUGUGGGAGCACAAAGUGUUGGGCACACAAGACAGUGACUGGUGACCUCUGUUCCCUGAGGUGGCAACCCAACCUCUGUGCUUGGAAUCACAUCCUCCCCUGCACCUCAGGCACCAGUUCUGCUUUUGCCUAGCAAUCCCACCCUGCUCUUCUUUCUGCUCCUUGUGCAAGUUCCUUCAAAGAGAAACGUGUUCAGGGUGAAGGUAAAAGGCAUGGACACUAGAACUAAGUGCCACCACAGCUUAUUCUUUGUCUUCUGUCCCCACCCAUUUCCUGAUGCUGUUCACUGUAACGUUCAGUCUACCAAAACGCACACAGCCUUUGUGCUGGGAUUUAAACUCUGCAGUGUUAAGUCUAUCAUGAAACCUUCCUGUCACAUUUCAAAGUAAAUGGCUGUUGAUAUGUAAAAAAUAAAAAGCAAUGGUUGGAAGAAAGAAUAAAGGCUCUCAUUAAUUUUUAAUGUACCUGCAGUAAUGCUGGUGCUCUCUGUGUAGUUUUUACAUAGCUUGUUAGCAUCCACCUGUAGGAAUGUUGCCCUGAACUGUCCACUGGCACUUCAUGAUUCUUCCUGUGCUGCUGGAGAGGUAUCUCACUGAACAAAAAGCUGCUCCUAUCAAGGAUAAGUGUUUUC